GCCCAAUCUGUUCGGAGUUCGCCAAAGGAUUCGAGUCGAGUCAGAACGUCAGAACCACUGCAGCCAUCAAACAAAGGGGCCAAGGACAUCCGAAGACACCACCUCCACCUUCUAGCUAGUAGCUGUUACUAGCUAGCUAACGUUCUCUUCGUCUCAGUGGCAGCUUGAGUAGUGUCUAGCUAGCUAGCCCGUUACCACCAUUUGCCGUUUGCGAAACGAGAAAGGGAGGCGUAUCCUUCUUCGAUUGGGUAUCUUCGGAGGUUGCCGAGGAGUAGAUUGAGAUCCUUUGGCUCCCAGUACCUUGCUUGGCAUUCUCCCAACCUAUCUACUCACCCUCUGCAGGUACUGCGAUUGUGGUGUGCUUCAUUAACUCCUCCCAAGACCAUUCUGAAGUUUUCAUUAGUACCAUAGGUAUCUCAAUCAACCAAUCAACCAUGGAUUCCAAGCCGCCGUAUGCUGCCAUGGCGUUGGCCAUUACGUCCCAAGAUUGGACUGCCUUGGGCAUGGAUGACGAUCCCAGCGUGGCCCCCUCGAGCGAUCUCGAGUUGACAGCCGAGCGGAUGGUAUCACUGCUCCUGAUUCGGAUUGUGGCCAUUCAUGCUCCCAAAGGAAGAUACCAAGACCUCAGCACCACCGCCAUUUGCCGAACGUCGCUCAUGGACGGCCAAUCCGAGUGGCCUCAUCCUGUCAAUGAUACCGUCAUCCAAGAGCUUCGUCAAUAUGUGAGGAAAAUGUUGAAGGAUUACAGAGAUGUUCCCUAUCAUAACAGGGAACACGCGUAUCAUGUGACCAUUUCCGUCAAUAAAUUGCUGGAUCUCGCACUCAACUCGGAAAUCCACGCCCUGUCCAAAACAAAACCCAGAAUGUUUGGAUUACGAACCGAUACCUUGAUGCAUCUGUUGCUCAUCUUUUCGGCACUGAUCCACGACGUUGAGCAUCAGGGAAUUCCCAAUCGACAACUCGCAUUGGAAGAUGAUGAAUUGGCCAUUCUAUACAAUGAUCAAUCCAUUGCAGAAAACAGAAGUUUAACUGUGGGGUUUCGAGAACUGUUGCAGAAGCAAUACACCAAUCUACGCAAUGCCAUCUUCUCCAAUGAUGAAGAUUAUAGACGAUUCCGAAAGGUAUCCACACAACUAGUACUUCAAACAGAUCUUGCCUCUCCCGAACGAACUCAAAUCCGAAAAUCCAAGUGGAAAGAAGCAUUCGGGGAGGACUUUCAAACGAUGGAAGCGAAAGUAAAACACGAACUCAAACGACGCAGUUCCACUGCACCCUGUCACUCCGUUCUCAGCUCUCCCGAGAGUCGAAGAAUGUCCGCUGACACCAUCUUGUCCGAACUGGAACAAUUACCCGAAUUGGGCGACAGCUUGACCAAUACACCCGAAGGAUCCGAGCACGACGAUAGUGCUGCCGAAGUCAUGGGAAUCGAACAAGACGACGACUCGCAUAGUACGCACGGGGCAACGGCCGCCAAACUCUUUCCAGGCAUGUUUUCCAAAAAAGGUGGCGGUGGUCGCAGUCGCAGCAAUUCCAAUAGCAGCCUCAGCGAAAUGAGAAAGGGAUCCACGGCUGCCACCACAUCGGGGACGAGUUUGAAAGACAUGCGAUCGGCUAUACGAACGUCGAGUAUGCCCAAAAUGCCGGGCCAAACGGACGCCGAGUUGGGGUAUUCCGACAACUUUAGAAAGUUUCAACGUCGCGUGUCACAAGCAGCAGGACAUCAACGACGAUUCCGUUUGGGUAUUCAACGAUCGAUCGACUUGUCGGGAGAGUUUCUCGAAACCUACUCGCGACGAUCGACACUGUCGACGGUGGCUGCUAUGCAAGCACUCGAACUCGAUCAAGAAGAGGAGGAAGAAGAGUAUGAUGAUCUCAGAGCCAGUGUCAUUAUGGAACAAAUCCUUACGGCUGCAGAUAUUGCACACGUGUUUCAGGGAUGGCAUCAAAUGGAAAAGUUUUCGAAUCGGCUCUUUUUGGAAUUGAAGAGAGCACACAAGGAUGGAAGAGGGCCUCAUCCCAAGGCGGGGUGGUUUGAAAACCAAAUUGCCUUUUUGGAGAGCUACAACUUGCCACUAGCACACAGGUUGGAAGAUAUGGGUAUCUUCGGACCGUUGAUUGGCCCCGUCUUUGCGCGGCUGGUGGAAGCCAAUCGAGACCAGUGGAUGGUGGACGGACAAAAGGUGACCGACGAUAUCAUUGCCAAAGGUAUCGAGCUGUACCCCGUGGAAGGCGACAACAAGUAGGUGUUAGCAAGGUCGGGCAGCAGCAAUUGUCAUUGCUUCGCUGGGUUGGUUGGGGUCAAUCACCAAGCUUUUCUCUGGCGAGCGACACGAAUUCCUAGCUGGUUUGCUGGUUGUCGGUAAACAUACUGUAGGAACGGGUUGAGAAGAAGGCAGCACAGCACACCAUGACUAUCCGCAGUGCAAAAGUAGAGGAAUCAGCGUGGAGGAAAAAUCCAAUGGAACGAAAUGAUUCCUACUAGCUAGAUUACGGGCUCUGCUGCGGGCUUUACCGCAAAGCUGCCUAGACGAUGUGGUGUAGCCAGGCCACCAGGAUAUGUCACCCUCGUUCUCCGCACUGUUGGCCAGUCCAAAGAAGCAACCUAUCCAGGUUGGGAUGAGGCUACAGGAAGGUUUUAGUGGAAAGGCAGAGCUUGGCUGUGACCAUUCAGCAUCUGCAUAGCUACUAGAUACUGAGUAGCUAGAAGCAACCCUCCCUCGUCAACCGGCUAUUGCUAAAACCAUUUUCUCCCAGGUCACGUACCAUACUUCUAAAGGAAGGCCUGUGAAAAAGCUUGUAGGAUCUUUCCAUCGACAUGCACCGGUACCGGUAUGUAUGCAUACAUGUAUGUAGGUCUAGUCUAGUUGGUUGCUAUUUAUGCAGUAGUACCACGAACAUAGUACCAUCAGACCCCAAAGAUACCGGUACGCAGCGAGCGUACUUCACCUCAGCCUCUUGCAGGCUUGCAGGAUGCAUGCAAACUGGCAACCAGGCGUUUCCCUCUGAACUUGGUCCGUAAAUCGAGGCCUACAAAUCUCUGCUGUAGUCGCAUGUGAUGGCCCUGUAACAUCUCUUGAGUGUUGCAGCAGUAGAGACUGGUUACUACACGAACAGGUUGGCGCUUUCGAAAGAGCCAGCUUUUGUUUAGUCCGUAAUUCGAGACCUCCAAGCUCCAAGAGAGCUUUCCAUUGUAUACGCUGCUAAAAGCUGGGUUGAGCCCCCUCUCUGCAAUACUGUACAUCAUUAUUUGGCUAUCAUUGACUCUGAGCACUGGGCAGCUAGCCUUACAGGUUCCGGCCAUCGACCUCGCCCCUGCUUCCAUCUCGUCCUUGCAACCUUUCGAUUCGAUUCUACUGAUACCCAAAAGCUUGUUCGUCCCUACAUGCCAGUGCUGGAUACAAAGCGGUUGACCGCACCUAUGCGUACCGGUAUCGUGUCAAGUAUUAAUAACUGAGACUGGACUGUCUGCAGGUUUCACAGGUCCAAGACCAGAUAGAUCCAUGCCCGCCUGCCCGCUACUAGAUCUAAUAGACCUAUUAGCUACUACUAGCUAGCUACUAGAUAUUCACCGUUUCA